CCCAUUUUUGGCCCAUGGGCUGGUUCUGAGCCUUAAAUUGCCCCAACCCUGGAGCGCCUCCGUAUAAGAUCUAGGGUGGCUUGUUCUGCACUAAAAUUUCCCAAUUUCGGGUAGAUUCCGGAACAGACAGUCGUGUCAUCUGUUCGCAGGGUCGUUCUUAGUAGUGAUUUAUAUCUACUUGGUUUCUGUGUAAUUCAACUGUUUGAUAGAGGUGAUAAUAAUCGAAUAAAAGGGCUAUGGCGGGUGGAAAUUUCAUGCACAGAGUAAUAUCUUAUGUCGUUAAUGAGCUUGUCGUCAAUGGUCUAGCUAACAGUCCUGCAUUUCAGAGGUUUGCAGUGAGAACAUCUAGGAAGAUCGAGGAUAUUUCAAACAUUGCUGAGAAAAAAAGGCAAGAACUUGCUGAGCAGAUGAAAGAUUUCUCCAAGAACAUGGAGGUGAGUUGCUGUUAUAUGGGGUUUGUUUGGCAUUACUAUUAAGAAAAAACAUUUUUUAAAAAAUAUAUUAAUUAAGGUCUGUUUAGCAUCCUAUUGGAGCUAUCAUCUAAAAUGGUGCUUUUUCUAAAAGCACUUUUUGGCUCCUAAACCACAAUGCCAAAUGAGCAUUUAGAGUAUUAGAGUAAUAAAAGUUGAUUUAAAAUUAAGGUUUGACAUGUUUUAGUUACAAGAAUAUCAAAACAACAGAACAGUUUUUUUUUUCCAAACUUUUUUUUUUCCCAAUGGCAUCUUACAUGUUCCAAUUCUUGAAAAGCAACAUAGUAGUUUUAUUUAUGAUAGUGGAAAUGUUUUGGUUUGCUGCUCUAAUUGCAUGUGAUAUUUUCUGCAGUCCUUCAAGAACCAGAGGUGAUCGGUUGGUCAUUAUAUUUGAUAACAUAUGUUCCCUACUAUAAUGGCAGCUGGAAACUAGAAGAGUUUGUAAUUAAGAAAUUGCACGGACAAUGAUAGUUGUUAACUUGAUGAAUUUAUAAAAUAAAAAUUUUUACUUUGAGGUUUUAUAA